AUGUCUCCACAAUCUGGAGCCAUGUCCGCUCAUGACAUGGCCCUCUCUCAAACAAUACAAUACUUGCCAAAGGGUGCUUUCAAGAGGCCCGAUCCUCAAUCGGUAGUCAGCGUAAAUGAAGUUGAAGCCUUGCACGAGCUAUUUAAGAAAUUGAGUAGUUCUGUAAUUGAUGAUGGCUUGAUACACAAGGAAGCAUUCCAGCUAGCAUUGUUUGGGUGUCCCACAAAAGAGAGCAUUUUUGCAGACAGAAUAUUUGAUCUAUUUGAUACAAAUCGCAAUGGAGUCAUUGAAUUUGAAGAAUUUGUUCAUGGCCUCAGCAUUUUCCAUCCAGAUACAUCCCAAGAGGACAAGAUUGAUUUUGCUUAUAGACUUUACGAUGUGAGGCAGACUGGCUAUAUUGAGCGUGAAGAAUUAGUGCAGAUGACAGUAGUAUUUUUUAAAGAAUCGGACAUGGAAUUGACAGAUGAUGUCCUUGAAGCUAUAGUAGAUAAGACAUUUUUAGAUGCAGAUUUUUGUCAUGAUGAUAAAAUUGAUACAGAGGAAUGGAAAGAGUUUGUUGUACGGUACCCUUCUUUGUUAAAGAAUAUGUCUCUUCCAUAUUUAAGAAAUAUCCCUACAGCAUUUCCAAGUUUUGUCCUCAACACUGAAGUGGAUGACUUAGCAAACUGAGUCUCCAUUGACUACUGAGAAAAUUCUUUUCAAGAUGGUUGUCCAUUGACUUAUUUAUCUAGUUUUUUUGCCACUCGAAGAAUGGAGAUGCUUGAAGCCUUGAAUGUUUGAAAGAUAAUGAUGAUAGAAAUGAAGAGAGUGUAGUUUUAGCUGAGA